AUGCACGCGGAGGAUGCACGUGGACGCAGCGUGAGCACUUGGGCGUGGACUGCGCAGGCGCCACGCUGGCGCCAGGAGGGCCGGUUAGGCAUCCGGAGCGAGGUGAGCUCUGAGUGCGCAGCUGGGCGGCAGGGCACCUGGCACGGGCAAACGCCGCCACCACUACGAGGCUUCAGAGACGGGUCGGAUCCACAGCCCUUUUGCCUUUUUCCAGGUCGGGGUUCCCAUGCGCACGGGGGAGUGAAAGGGGCGCUACAUGAGGGCUGCCGAACUUCGGCUGUUGGGGGCCGGCCGUUGGGCGCUGGACGUUGGGGUCGGGCGUUGAGUUCGGGCGUUGAGCGGACUUCUGUGAAUGUCAGACUGCUGCUUAAUAUGAUGUCAAGAAAUAUUUUGGCGGCAUCUACCUGUAAAAUGACAGAGCCAUUUAAUUUUGAGAAAAAUGAAAGCAAGCUUCCAUCACACGAGUCUUUAAGAAGUCCUGGAGGACAUCCUAACCAUCCUAAUUUCAGGUUGAAAAGCCCAGAGAAUGGAAAUAAAAAGAACAAUUUUUUGCUUUGUGAGCAAACCAAACAGUUUUUGGCUGGUCAGGAAGACAGUUCACUAUCUUCACACCCUAACUGUGUCAAUGGAGAAAUGGCUGGAUCCAAGGAAGACAGGAAGACAUUGCCAACAGGUAACUCUGUGUCACCAUUAAAUGUUGGAAAUAAUUCACCACCCAAGGAAGUAAAUAGUAAGCCUAGCAAUCAUGUGCCUCCUGCAAAGUCAAAGAAAGUACACAAGUGGGUUGAGAAUUCCUUGUCUAUAAAUAAUCCAGCACUCUUCAACUCCUUAGGACCUCCUCUUCGAUCGACAACCUGCCAUCGCUGCGGUCUGUUCGGGUCGCUGAGGUGCUCACAGUGUAAGCAGACGUACUACUGCUCCAGCGUAUGCCAGAGAAGGGACUGGGCAGCCCACAAAAUUGUGUGCAGACCUGUCCAGCAAAAUUUCCACAAACUUGAAGAUUAUAAAUCACCUUUUGAAACAAAGAACAUGGAAGUGAAAGAUGAGAGUGACUGUCUUCUCAGAGUCACUAAAGAAAGAGCUGUUUGUGCUGAUAAAAUAAUGUUUUCUGAUUUGAGAAGCCAACAACUCAGGAAGACCAUGGAAAUAAAGGGCACAGUUACUGAAUUCAAACACCCAGGUGACUUCUAUGUGCAGUUAUAUUCUUCAGAAGUUUUAGAAUACAUGAACCGACUCUCUGCGAGCUUAAAGGAAACUUAUGCAAAUAAGGCACAUGAAGAAGAGCAUGUUCCUGUGAAGGGGGAAAUUUGUGUUGCCAAGUACACUGUUGAUCAGACCUGGAACAGAGUAAUAAUUCAAGAUGUUGACCUGCUGCAGAAGGUGGCACAAGUCUUAUAUAUUGAUUAUGGAAACGAAGAGAUAAUCCCAAUAAACAGAAUUCACCAACUAACCAGGAAAAUUGACUUGUUUCCUCCUUGUGCCAUAAGAUGCUUUGUGGCCAGUGUUAUCCCAGCAGAGGGGAAUUGGAGCAAUGAUUGUAUCAAAACUAUUAAAUCGCUGUUAAUGGAGCAGUACUGCUCUUUAAAGAUAGUGGACAUCUUAAAAAAGGAAGAAGGGGUUACCUUUGCUGUGGAUGUUAUGAUGACAAGUUCAGGAAAAUUCUUAGACCAUGUGCUCAUAGAAAUGGGAUAUGGUUUGAAACCUAAGGGACAGAAUUCUAAGAAGCAAAGUACAGAUUCAAGUGAUCUUGAAGAUGUCAGAAGAAUGAUGGCUGAAAGUAAAAUUGUCGUGGACAGAAGUGACCUCAUCCCCAAAGUGUUGACUCUGAAUGUAGGUGAUGAGUUUUGUGGCGUGGUCGCCCAUGUUCAGACUCCAGAAGACUUCUUUUGUCAACAGCUACAAAGUGGCCGUAAGCUUGCUGAGCUUCAGAGGUCGCUUGGCGAGUACUGCAGCCAGGUACCUCCGCGCUCAGAUUUCUAUCCCACCAUUGGUGACAUCUGCUGUGCUCAGUUCUCCGAGGAUGACCAGUGGUACCGUGCCUCUGUUCUGGCUUAUGCUUCUGAGGAAUCUGUACUGGUCGGAUAUGUAGACUAUGGAAACUUUGAGAUCCUUAGCUUGACAAGACUUUGCCCCAUAACUCCCAAGUUGCUGGAAUUGCCAAUGCAAGCUAUAAAGUGUGUGCUGGCAGGAGUAAAGCCAUCAUUAGGAAUUUGGACUCCAGAAGCUGUUUGUCUGAUGAAGAAGAUUGUACAGAACAAAAUUAUCACAGUGAACGUGGUGGACAAGUUGGAAAACAGUUCUCUGGUGGAACUUAUAGAUCGAUCUGUGACACCCCACAUCAGUGUCACCAAAGCGCUCCUCAAUGCAGGCUUUGCCGUGGAGGACAGUGGGCUUGUGACAGAUAAGCCCAGUGACGUGAAAGAAGCCAGUGUUCCCUUGGAUAUAGAAACAAAAGUCAAUCCACUGGUGUGGACGUGGGUUGAACUUGCUGUUGAUCAAACAGUGGAUGUUGUGGUCUGUGUGAUUGAUAGUCCUGGAGAAUUUUACUGCCAUGUGCUUAAAGGGGAUGAUGCCCUAAAGGAACUCAAUGAUUUGAACAACUUACUAGCAGAAUAUUGCCAGCAGAAGUUGCCUAAUGAUUUUAAGGCAGAAAUAGGGCAACCUUGUUGUGCUUUCUUUGUAGGUGACAGUAAUUGGUAUCGUGCUUUGGUCAAGGAAAUCUUACCAAAUGGAAACUUUAAAGUACAUUUUGUGGAUUAUGGAAACGUUGAAGAAGUUACUGCAGAUGAACUUCAAAUGAUCCCAUCCAAGUUUCUAAAACUUCCAUUUCAAGGGAUACAGUGCUGGUUAGUAGGUAUACAGCCUAGAAACAAACACUGGAGUAAAGAAGCCAUAGCAAGAUUUCAGACGUGUGUUGCCAGGAUGAAACUCCAAGCCCAAGUGGUUGAAAUCACUGAAAACGGAGUGGGGAUUGAACUCACUGACCUUUCCACUUCUUAUCCCAGAAUCAUUAGUGAUAUUCUGAUUGAUGAACAUCUGGUUUUAAAAGCUGGUUCACCACAUACAGAUUUAGCGAAAACCAGACCUGUUGAUAAGCGUGACCUUCAGAUUGAUACCCCGGGGCUUCAAGCCAUCUCUUCAGCUGAUCAGUGGAGUACAAUAGAAUUGCCAGUUAAUAAAACUGUACAGGCAUGCAUUUUAGAAAUCACAAAUCCAAACUUGUUUUAUGCUCUACCAAAUGAAAUAGCAGAAGAUCAGGAAAAACUGAGCGUAUUGACGGCUGAAUUGUUAGAAUAUUGCAAUGCUCAGAAAAGCCGAUCGCCCUAUAUACCGAAAAUUGGAGAUGCGUGUUGUGCCAGAUAUACAAGUGAUGAUUGCUGGUAUCGUGCCAUUGUGCUGGGGACAUCAGAUGCCGAUGUCAAAGUGCUCUAUGCGGACUAUGGAAACAUUGAAACUCUGCCUCUCUGCAGAGUGCAGCCCAUCUCUGCCAGCCACCUGGAGCUUCCUUUCCAGAUUAUCAAAUGUUCCCUUGAUGGACUAAUGGAAUUGAAUGGAAGAUGUUCUCACCUAAUGAUAGAGCUACUGAAGAAUUUCAUGUUGAAUCAGAACGUAAUGAUUUCUGUAAAAGGAGUUAUCAAAAAUGUCCACACGGUGUCUGUUGAGAAGUGUUCCGAGAAUGGUACUAUCAACAUAGCUGAUAAGCUGGUGAUGUAUGGUCUGGCAAAAAACAUCACAUCUAAAAACCCAACUGCUCUAGAUACAGAAACAGCAGACAGGAUGAGCUGCUGCUGCACGAAGCUACAGAAACAAAUACAGCCUCUAAUGAAGAUCAACACUUACGAGACUGGAAGUAGCGAAGGCUAG